AUGGCCGAGGACAUGAAGGCCAAGCUGGAGAGGUACAAAACGGCCCCGUUCGACAGUCGCUUCCCCAACCAGAACCAGACCAAGAACUGCUGGCAGAACUACCUGG